AUGGGCUACGGCGUUCCAGACAGUGGCGUAGACUUUUGCUAUGUGACGGUGUAUGAAGCGCACCAGCUCAUGAAGAAUGACAAGGCUGUCUUCGUGGACAGUAGAGACGAUGACGACUUCAAGACGACGCGAAUCCAGACUUCCUUUCAUCUGUCCGCCAACUCCCUCAUCAUGAAAGCGGGAGGAGCAGAGAAGGGCUUGGUCCAACAGCUGGUUGACCUGGUCAAUUCCGGCAAGACGCUGGUUUGCCUCAGUGAUGCCUGCGUGAAGGGCAACAUCAACCGUGGACACGUGUCUCGCUGUCGGCAUAUUGCCCAGUAUUUGGUUGAGAUGGGCGCGGAUCGCGGCAGGAUCGUCCGGAUGACCGGGGGCAUCAACGCGUGGAAGAAAGCGCAACUGGAUGGAAUCCUUGGGGACCUGCGGCCAAUGUAUGCCGGCGCCAUCCAGGCAGCAGAUUUCGAGCCGCCGAAGGAGGGCCGGGAGGAAGAGGAGGGCGAUGAGGUGCGACCGCUGCGGGGCGAGGCGCGGGCCCUUGGAAACGGAGGCUAUGCGGCCGUGGCGCCUGAACUGGCGCCUGGCCUGCAGGUGGAGAUCCAGGGCUUGGUCUCGCGUGCGGAUCUGAACGGGAAGCAAGCGAAGAUCAAGGAGUUCGUUGCAAGCUCCGAGCGCUGGGAAGUUGAACUUCUAGACGAGACGCAGGAGCGCGUCCGCUGCAAGGCCACAUGCCUCAAGGCGUCGGGGUCGACGCCUCCAGCAGCGCCAGCGGCGCCCCUGGAAGAGUUUGUCGAGGUGGGAUGUGGUGGAACUCCUGGCGAUGGCGGCGCAAGAGACACCUGCAAAGUCAGGUUUGUGCCCCCGCGCCCCUUCAGCCAAGAUCGUCCGACUGCUUAUAGAGCGUUGAAGACCGACCUCUACAAGAAGUCGACGAAGGAAUCAGACAAGAUCAUCAAAGUCACACGGCCAGUCGGCUCCACUGUGCGCACCACCGGCGAGCUUUUCGUUGGGGGUGCUGGCGGGGUGUGGGCCGAGCUGGACGUGAUGGCCGGUGAGAAGAAAGGCUGCAGCGAGAGAGGGCUUUCUACCUGA